ACAAGAAGCGUUGAAUGGCGUUGAGUUGUAGUUUUGAUUUGAAAUGUAGACGUCAUGAUAACCGUUUGUAUCAUUAUUACGAAUAUUUACGCUGUUCAUUAAUUGAAAUUAUAUCAAAAUCACUGACUAGUGUUUCUUGGAAGUCAAGUGGAGUGUAUUUGUUACGUAUUAUAUGUUGUGCAUCAAAAAUUAGUAAAUUGAGGUUAAUUUAAAUGGACUGAUUACCAUAAUGUAAUUUUUAAAUUUAAGCAUUUUAUGCAUUCGUGCAUACUGCUUUUUUAUGCUAUGACUUCUGAACUUCAUCAAAAUUUGAAUUGCUUUUCAAUUUGCAUUCUUUAGCGUUGUACAUACAGAAAGUCAUUUCCUGAGUACAAAAAGUGUCAAAUAUUUUCAAGGAAUUACAUUUUUAAUUUUAUUCUACAUAUAUUUAUACAAAAAUGUGCGAAGUUAAUGAAAAUGAUCAUGUGCUACAACCAAAGAGACUGUCUAUUGUAAGAAAUUUGUUUCGUACUAACAGUUUUCAAGAACCAGGGGUAGUAGUGAACUAUGACCGAUACAUUCCUUGUCGUGCUAAUAAUAACUGGCAAACUAGCUUUGCCACUAUUCCUGAUCCCCCAAAGGCUACACAAAGUAAUAAGAAAGCAAGAGAUACUAGUGAAUCACCACGUGAAACUUCAGCAUACAACUGUUUGUUAAAAAAUGAAUUGUUGGGUGAAACUAUCGAAGAUGUAAAAACACAGUGUGAUGAAAGGCAGGCCCUUACACCAAUAAAGAAUACAAACUUAUUUAAAUAUGGAACACCAACAAGGAAUGAAAGAACCCCUGUCAAAUCAAGUCCGUACUCAUUAUCCCCCUUGAGUUUGAGCAGCCAAAGAUUAUUGAGAUCACCACAUAAGGCUACUCGAAAGAUUUCACGGAUUCCUUUUAAAGUCUUAGAUGCACCUGAGCUACAAGACGACUUCUACCUUAACCUUGUUGACUGGUCAAUACAGAACGUUCUUAGUGUAGGUCUUGGAAGUUGUGUUUAUCUGUGGUCUGCAUGCACUAGUCAGGUAACAAGAUUAUGUGAUCUUUCAUCGGAUGGAAAUGCAGUAACUUCGGUUGCGUGGAGUGAGCGAGGCCAUCUAGUUGCGGUCGGUACGCAUCACGGCUAUGUUACUGUAUGGGACGUUGCAGUCAAUAAACAAGUAAAUAAGCUUGUGGGACACUCGGCAAGAGUCGGAGCCCUGGCAUGGAAUGGAGACGUGCUUAGUUCGGGUAGUAGGGACAGACUUAUUCUUCAAAGAGAUACGAGGACGCCAGGUACUGUCCCCGAACGUCGGCUUGUAGGUCAUCGGCAAGAAGUGUGCGGAUUAAAGUGGUCCCCUGAUAAUCAGUAUUUGGCAUCUGGCGGCAACGAUAAUCGUCUGUAUGUCUGGAACAUGCAGUCCUUAUCUCCCGUACAAACGUAUACAGAUCACUGUGCCGCCGUCAAAGCUAUUGCUUGGUCCCCACAUCAUCAUGGCCUUUUAGCGUCCGGAGGUGGAACAGCUGACCGCUGUAUCCGAUUCUGGAAUACGUUAACGGGACAACCCAUGCAGUGUGUUGAUACUGGAUCACAAGUAUGUAAUUUGGCAUGGUCAAAACACAGUUCGGAACUAGUUUCCACGCAUGGUUAUUCUCAAAACCAAAUCCUAGUAUGGAAAUAUCCGAGUUUAACACAAGUUGCGAAACUGACAGGUCAUUCAUAUCGCGUACUUUACUUGGCCCUGUCCCCUGACGGAGAAGCGAUAGUGACCGGAGCGGGAGACGAAACGCUAAGAUUUUGGAACGUCUUCAGUAAAGCGCGGUCUCAGAAGGAAACCCGAUCUGUGUUGAGCUUGUACACGGGCAUUCGUUAAACUUUAGUUCAGUGGAAUACUAUAAAUUGUCUGAUGUUAAUUUCAGGAAGAAAAUAAUUUAUUUGAUGUUUUUAACUUCUAUUUUAGAAAAACUGCGUCUGAAAAAUAGUGCUUCUGCAAGUGUUUCUUGCGGUAUAAAUCAUUGUAUAUAUUUAUAGCUAUUGAGAAUUUAUAUGUAUUAACAUAUAGUGAACUUUUAUUGAAUUAUUUUACAGAAUUAUGUACAUGAAUAUAUGUAUGUAUGAUUUAUAUAAGACGGUGUACGUUUUUGUACAUGACUAAAUAUUUACUUGUGAUGUUUUUGUGUUCAAAUUUUUAGUUUCUACAAGAGAGGACAAAUGAUUUUAAAUUUUUAUUAAGUACAAGUUUUAGGGUUUGG